AUGGAAACAUAAUCAUUCUCCCCAAUGUUAGAUAGAGUCAUGGCUCAAGAAAUUCAAUCAGUAAGUUGGAGUAAAACUAUGGAUGUUUGUGCAAUCCUAUAUAUUAAUAACUAAUUGGAAAUAUGUAGAGUAAGUGAAUAAUUGUAAAGGAUGUUCAUAAUAUAAGAAGAUGAUGUAAUUAGUAAUAUUAUUGUGGAAAGUAUUAUAAUUUAUAUAAUUAGGUAUGUUUUUGGCUUACAAUGUUGCAAAUAAAUUAUAUAUUUAUCAUUUGGCUUCUCAUUAAAAAAUCAUUCAAUCUACUUUGAUUAAGAAUUCAGAUAAAAUCAUUUAAAUGCUUCUUGUAUAAGUGAAUGCAAAAAUUAUUAAAGAGCAGGAAUUAUAAGCAGCUAUAAUUCCAUUAUCAACCACAAAUUUGUAAUUUCUUUAUUAAUUAAUAGAAAAAAUUGGUAAAAUCUUUGUUUUCUAAAAUAAUAAUAAAUAAAUAAUAUCAUAUUCUCUUUAACUAAUAAAUAAAUUUCAUAUAAUUUUAAUGGAAUUCUACAUUUAGGAGAAAUAGAACAUAAAAGCAUAACAUAAUUAUAUCAAUUAGAAAAUGAAUUACAUUGUUUUUCAAAUUCAUUUGUUGAAAUUUAUGAUAUUGGCUUAUUGAAACAUCAAUAAAUUUUAGUAAAAUCUAUAAUUUAUAUAGAAAUACAUUUAAUAAUUGAGCUAUUUAAAUGAAUUACUUUGUUUCUUAAAAACAUCAAUUUUAUUAAUUAAUACUUAAUUAUAAGAUAUCUUUAAAUGCUACUAAUUAAAUAUAAUAGGUCCUUUGGUAGCUUUUGGACCAUAAGAAACAAUUAAUUAUCAUAUAUUAUAAUUUUAUCAAAAAGGAAAUUGUCCUUAAGAAUUGGUUUAAUUUUUUCAAAAGGAACUAUACAAUACAAAAAUUUUAUAAAAAAUGGAUGAUGUAAUAUAAUUAUUUUAUAAUUUUAGAAUAUCACAAAUAGCUUCAAUAAUAUUUAAGAAAUAAUAUAAGAUUCAUUAAUGAAUGUUUUAUCUAGAAUUUUAAUCAUUUUAAACUUUUUUAUUUAAUCAAAAAACAUGUAAAAAUUUAGAUGAUAUUAUAAUUUAGGCCCUUUUAUUAAGGAUUACAUAAAACUCCUUUUGAAGAAUUAAAAUAAACAAUUUAAAAUAUUUAAAAAGUUUUUAGUAGAUUUUAGAUUGAAUGUCAUUAGACUAAAUUACAUUUGAGAAACUUUUUUGUUUGGCUAAAUUUAUGUGCAAUAAAAGCAGGAAAUGAAUAAGAAGUUGAAUGUGAGAAUGUUAAUUCUCCACUUAAUAAAAUAGAAGUAGAUCUAUCAAAAUUAUUUGAUUUUUUAAAGGAUAACCAUUUAUUUUAAUUAAAAAAUUUAUAAUGUUUCUAUUAAGAAAAAAUAGGUAUAAAAUAAAUUGAUUUAUAUAGCACCAAAAACAUUUUUUACAAAAAUAGUUAUAUAGAAAAAUGUUGAGUUUAAAUAAACAGAAAAUAUUACUAAGAUUUUAAAAAAUGUAUUUAAAGAUAGUUAUAUGGAUAACAUUUAAUAAAAAUAAAGUAAAAUAGAAUAAGAAGAUACUUUUGUAACAGUUAAUUCUUUGGUUCGCUAAUUACAAAAUUAUUUAGAUAAAAUAGCCAUAAAUUUAAAACCUCAACUUAUAAACAAAAUCAACAUUGAUCUUUCAAGUUCAAUAAUUAGAUUUUCAGAAUAAUCAGAAAAUUCAUAUAUGUUAUCUGUUUUAGUAAACAAUUCAAUCAUUCAAUAUAUAUAUUAAUUAAAGAGUUUUUAAUAAUUAAAUUAGAUUUAAUUCAAUAAUAAGUAUAUUAAAGAAUUAUAAUAUUUUGAUGGAAAACUAAUCAUUUUGAGUACAAAUCAAUAAGAAAAUUAAUAAUAAUUAAUUGCUUAUAUUUCAUCAGAAGAUUUAGAAACUUAAAAUAAAUUUGAAUGUCAUUCAAUAAAAGAUCUUUAAGUUAGUAAGAAAGGACUAAUAUCAAUCAUCAUAGAUUCCAAAAAAUUAAUAAUUCUUUCCAUUUGA